ACUGAGAGAAAGAUCAGCUUGCCUACAAUUCAAAGACAUUAGAUUUAAAAGUCUGAGAGAAAAUUGGUUUUAUGUUUGAAAGAAUCAUGCUCCCAUCAGAAGGAGCUUCCACCUGCUCACCUGAAAUGACAAAAGAUCAAAGACACAAAUAACUUCUUAGUAGAGAUCUACAUUAAAUUAAAUGAACACACAUCUCUGUCUGUGUAACCAACUGUCAUUGUUUCAUUAAGGCUUUUAACAAUAUCCCAGAUAGAAAGUCAAUUUUUAUACUCGGUUGCAUUUCUGUGUGCAUAACAAGCACACUGAUGUCAUCAGUAUGCUUGUUAUGCACAUUGAUAACAUCAGUAUGCAUAACAAUCACACUUAUGUCAUCAGGACUCAGCUGAGGCUGAAACAAUUAGAUGAUUAAUGAAUUAGUUGACUAACAGAUAAUUAAUCUGCAGCUAUUUUCCUUUCAUAUCAGCUUGUCAAAUGCAAGAAUUUGCUCCUUUUCUUUGUCUAAUGUGACACUAAAUCAAAUAUGUUUAAGUUUCGACUGAUCAGACAAAAACAAGUAAUUUGAAGAUUGUUCGGGCUUUAGGAAAUUGUGCUCGCAUUUUGAUUUUUUUCUAAUUUUUUUUUACCUUUUAUAUACUAGAAGAUUUACUUAGAAAAGUACACACCUAUCAGUUCACUUCCAAUCUCUAUUGUUUCACAAGACGAAAUUCUUUUUGCAGCAAGGCAGCAAAAACAUGAAAAACAUAAACACAAUGAAAACACACAAAGAAAAGUGUCGGUACUGUAGACGCAAUGUGGACAACAAUAAUGUAUGUUUGAAGCAAGAAAAACUGCAAGAAGAAGAAUAAAGAUAAGAAAAAUAAAGUGUUAAGCUGUGUGAGGAAGCAAGAAGCAAUUGAUAACAAUAAUAUAUUAUAUAAUCUAUAAUAUAUUAGAAUUAAGAGCAGUGUUAAAUUAAUUUUAGAUGUCUGCAGAGCCACAUCAGCUGUGUGAGGAGACGGAAACUAUCAAAUCAACUAAAGAAUCAUCACUGAAAAAAUAGUCGAUAUUAACACUGUGGAAUUUACUGUAAGCUUUGUAGACGAUAGUACAGAUUUGGUAACAACACCUGAACUGAUGUAAUCACCCAAAAGAAGUCCUAAAAACUUUCCAUUUGAGGACAAAACACACAAUAGUUUACUAAGAGGGUGUUUCCAUGUAUUCUGUUAUAAUAACAGUGGGAGAAAACUUCUUUGACAUCAUGUUCCCAGAUAAUAAAUUUAAGAUGAUGAAUUGUGACAGCGCAGCAGGGAGGUUUAAAUUGAGACCAGGAGGAAGCAUUUUUCUUCCCAGGACAGUUUGAUUCAACGCAAGUCCAAGUGACACAACCUUCCUCACAGGAGAUUUCUGCUCUUCCAACACCACAAAAAGCCAGACAUGACAGUUUCUUACACACUUGAGGUGGCCAAUGCAAAGUUUGGUGGCUUCUCUAAACUCUUGUUCAGGUGGAAGGGAAGCAUCUACAAGCUGCUGUACAAAGACUUCCUGGUGUUUUGUGGGGUGUAUCUGUUUUUCAGUGUGUUUUACAGGUUCCUCCUCACACCAAGGCAGCAGGAUCUGUUUGAGCGUAUCGCCCUUUACUGUGACCAUUUCACCAACAGCAACUUCAUCCCAGUUUUAUUUGUGCUGGGUUUCUAUGUGACUCUGGCCUUUAAUCGAUGGUGGGGUCAGUACACCAGCUUCCCCCUGCCUGACAACCUGAUGAUGGUGGUGUCUGGGAACGUUCACGGGGCAGACGAGAGGGGUCGUCUGCUGCGACGCACGCUCAUGAGAUACGCAAACUUAUCUUCAGUGCUUAUUCUCCGCUCCAUAAGCACAAGAGUUCACAAGCGCUUCCCAACUCUGGAGUACGUUGUGGAGGCUGGAUUCAUGACGUCACAUGAACUGAAAAAGUUUGAGUCCCUGCAUUCUGACUUCAAUAAGUACUGGAUGCCUUUGACUUGGUUUACAAAUCUGGCGUCCAAAGCGAGAGAGGAGGGUCGAGUGAGGGACGACAUAGCUUUGAGACUUCUCAUGGAUGAGCUUAACAACUACAGAACAAAAUGCAGCCUCCUCUUCCACUAUGACUGGAUAAGCAUCCCACUGGUCUACACUCAGGUUGUUACUAUAGCAGUUUAUUCAUAUUUUGCCCUUUGCGUGAUUGGCCGACAAUUCCUGAACCCUGAGAAAGGAUACAAGGAUCACAAACUGGACAUGUACGUCCCUGUUUUCACUCUGCUGCAGUUCUUCUUCUACACUGGAUGGCUCAAGGUGGGGGAGCUGAUUAUCAAUCCAUUUGGUGAGGAUGAUGAUGAUUUUGAGACCAACCAGCUGAUUGAUCGAAACAUUCAGGUUUCGAUGCUGGCGGUGGAUGAUAUGUACCAGAACCUGGCUCCGAUUGUGAAGGACAAGCACUGGGCGCAGAGACAUUUCUCAAUCCCUUACACUGUGUCGACAGCAGCAGAGACUCUCAGACCAGCUUUCAAAGGCUCCACCUUCGACAUGAGGAUGAGCGCUGAUGAUCUAGAGAUUCACCAGCCUGCAGACUCUUCUGUAAGAACGAAGUAUUUCCCUCUUAAGAGCUCUCUGGGCGAUGGGCUUGACGGCCCUCUGCAGAGGGGUAAAGGCGUUCUGCGUGGCGGGAGUCUCCCUUCUCUGAUAGACGUCUUAUCCCACCCAAAUGAGGACGAAGAUGUCGAUGCUUCUCCUGAGGGGGAAGUCAUGUUCUUCAAUCAUAACAAACAGGAAAAGGUGAUCAUUAAAGUUGCAGUGGAACCGAACAAGUAAAAAAUAUACUUCUUCUGUGAUGCAACCACUGUAUUGUUUUAAGCAAAGAAUGUAAACUUUAUGAUUACACACAACUGAAUUAAUUUGUGAAUAAAAUAUGUAUAUUUGACAAUGAGAAAAUCUGUUUGUAUUUUCCAUUUAUGAGAAUUCUAAAUGUAUGAUCUCAAGUAUUAAUGCACGACUGUAUACUGGUGAUAGUAGAUCACCAACUUUAUAAUAGACCUGAAA